AGCGUCCUGCUCUAAGGACCGCCCGCGUCUCGUCAUUGAUUGGCUUCUUCCGGCUUCUUCCGUCUUUACCCCUUAAUACAGUGUUUUUUGAUUCGCUGCCGAAUAUUGCUCUUGUGGCUAGUUUUUUGCAAGCCAGCUAGCUAGUUAGCCCGUGUUCAUUCAGUCAUUUUGUAAUCAGCUGUUUGCAAAUUAAUUUGAUUUCGUCGACAAAAUUGGCUCAAACACAGCGGCGUUGAAAACUACGUCGUUUGUCACGUGUCAUUCUUAUUUUGUGUGUUAAACACAGCUUUGACUCGGCCUGCCUUUGGUAGAAUGAUGGGGACAGUGGGAAGAACAUUUGAUGCAAGGCAGAAGAUUGGGGCCGCAGAUGUCCGACAGAGGCUUGGUAGUAGUGGGCAAACAGGGCCAGGAUCAGGGUUCCAGGUGAAAGAUGCCAGGGAGAAGAUUGGCCAGAAAGAUGCCCGAUUCCGGAUAAGAGGACGAGGCGGUGCAACUGGGGGUGUGCAGGAUGCCCGGCAGAUGAUCAACUCCCGAAAACAGCAAGGACCGAACCCAGUGGGCAACCCUCUCCUAUCCCACAAGCCCCUGGGAAUGGGGCUGCAAGCAACCUUCCAGAUCUACAAUAAUAACGGUGCAACCAAUGCCAGUGCCAGACAGUUCCCAUCCACCUUCCAAGGACUCAAUGUCAGAGCAGGGCUCUUGCCUCAGCCCAGUGGUGGGAUAAAAAAAGUAGUGGAUGCACGUGAUCGGCUAAGCCUGAAGAGGAGCAUCACUGGAGCAGCACCCACUAUGAGCUCACAAACACCUUUGAAGAUCACUAAAACUAUUCAGCAAAGGCCAAUUGGAAUGGUGAGUGACGUCCGGUUUAACGUUCCUAGCAGAGGAGCCCAGCAGUCUCUCUUGAAUGACGACGAUGUUAUCCUUAACAAACAGAUGAAGAUAACCACUGCUAACAACAUGGCACAGACACGGCCGGGUGGCAUUGGAUCCUCUUUCUCCAUGUCGGGUCCUAUAACCAAAGUGGUGAGGAACGAUGCUUACACUGCCCCACCUCCACCUGUACCUACUCCUCCUGCACGAUCCACUGCUGCUCCCCCCGUGGCCACUGGGCAGGUGCGUGGGCAUGGGCAUGGGCAACAAGCAGCAGACACCAGUGCCCGCCCUGCCCCCCCUCCUCAGCCUACCUUCAGUCCUUUGGAAGGCACCAAGAUCACAGUGAACAACCUUCAUCCCCGGGUCACUGAGGAAGAUAUUGUGGAACUGUUCUGUGUUUGCGGAGCUUUGAAACGAGCACGACUGGUCAAGCAGGGAGUGGCCGAGGUUGUGUUUGUCAAGAAAGAUGACGCAAUAAGUGCUUACAGGAAGUACAACAACCGUUGCCUUGAUGGCCAGCCAAUGAAGUGUAAUCUACACAUGCAGGGAAAUGUCAUCACCUCCGAUCAGCCCAUUCUUCUGAGGCUGAGUGACACCCCAGGUGCAGGAGGUGGAGCGAGGAAAGAUGGACUUCCUGCUUCUCUCACCCGCCCAGGUGGCCGCCCUGCUUCCUCCCAGCCUGCGGCAGAAGUGGACCCCCAGACCAUCCUCAAAGCUCUGUUCAAGUCCUCCGGCCAGACCCCCACAACCACAGAACCCCCAAACUCCCAGGCCACGGCCUUUCGCAUCAAGAUUUAACGAUUGAUCACAUUCACAGGCACCUGUUUGCAUAUUUGACACAUUCAAACACACGCACACAGGUACACCAUGUCGUACAUAUUUAUUUGUACUUCAGUAACAGAAUUUGCAUACAAAAAUGUUUCUGAGUGUUUUAGAAAACUAAAUGAUUUGGUCCAGUGGUUGUCCACAGCAGUAGUGUUGAUUUGUUACUUGUGUAUUUCAACUGGAGAAAGGCUGACAUAAUUUGUUUGUAAACUAUUUUGUUUAUUUUCAGUUUGAAUUACAGAUUUGAAUGAUAAAGAAAAAAGAAUGGUGUCUGUCCAAAGGUUCAUUUUAACAUGCCUAUGUUCAAAUAGUUCACAUUGAACGCAACCUCUGUGAAAGAUGAGAUGCUUGUUGCUUUUAGUUUUUUUUUUUUUUUUUUUACUUUUCCCCCUUUUUUUUUAUAUAAUCCCUUAAAACAAUAUCCUGACAAGUACCAAAAGUGAUGACAUUUAGAACAUGCAAAGGAAUACUUAAUCCUUACUGAAAUUAAAUGACUUGUACACAAGCUCACACUCUUCAAACAUGUUUUGUUCGCCACUGUCCUUAUGUACAGUGAAAUGCUUGUUGUGGCAGUUAAGCCACUUUGUCCUUAGAUUAUUAAACCGAUGGAAACAGUCCAACUGAAACUCUUUUGUCUUUCUAGCUGUAAAUGACUUUCUACAUAUAUACAUGUUCUUUUUUUUUGGUCUUUUGCACGAAGGCCGAAAGGCCAGAACUCUGUACAAGUGCAUUUACUUCAGUAAAUAUGUUCCUUUAUAUAUACAAAAA